CGCUGCGCCUCAGAUCUCUCUCUACGCCGGCGUCCCAGACAGACAGAUGCAGGUGAUCCAGCAGGCGCUGAACAGGCAGCCCAGCACGGCGGCGCAGUACUUGCAGCAGAUGUACGUGGCGCAGCAGCAGCACCUCAUGCUGCAGACGGCCGCCCUGCAGCAGCAGCACCUCAGCAACACGCAGCUCCAGAGCCUGGCCGCCGUGCAGCAGAUCAACCUGGCCACCUCUCCGGCCGCUGCCGCCCAGCUCAUCAGCCGAGCCCAGAGCGUGAGCUCCACCCCGGGCAGCAUCACCCAGCAGGCCGUGUUGCUAGGUAACACCUCAGCCUCCACCCUCACCGCCAGCCAGGCCCAGAUGUACCUGCGCGCACAGAUGGCUCAGCAAAGUAACCUUGUGCAAGUAGCUAGGAGCCUAGGCCGCGCUGUUCCUUUGUCCCCUCAGCUCAUAUUCACUCCAACCGCCACAGUCACCGCAGUCCAGACAGAGGUGCCCACACACACGACCAACCAGCAGCCUGCCAGCACACAGGUGCCGAACCUGGCUCUCUGCAGCCAGCAGGGGGAGGUCUCCCCUUCCCAGGCAGCGGUCCAGGCCCUGGGCCUCAAACAGGCCCUUGCAGCCCCUCUCUUUUCCCUGGGCACCCAGGCUGCAGCUCAGUUCAGGAGUCCCGGCCAGGGCCAGGCUGUUCCACUGAAGGGGGAAGGCCCCGAGGUCUCCUGUGCCCUCCCCAAUGGAGGGGGCAAGAUGGACGGUGCUAACGAGCUAACAGCCCGCAUGGUGGCCAUCAGCAGAAACGUCACUGCCGUCACCAGUCAUCCUCUCUUUACCACAGCAUACACACAGAUUCAGACACACCAGUUGCUCAAGCAGCAACAACAGCAGUUUGUAAUCCAGCAGCAGCAGCAACAGCAGCAGCAGCAACCACAACAUCUACAGCAACAGCAUCUACAGCAACAGCAUCUACAGCAACAGCAGCAGCAGUCCCAGCUGCCUCAGAGGUCCCAAGCCCAGCUUUCCCAAGCCACCCCCAUCCAAUCCAGCUUGCAGACUCAGGCCCAUACAGUGCAUGCCAUGGCAAUCCAGCCGGCCAUGCCUGCUCCUUUGCAGAAUCAGAACCAUAACCACAACCAGAGCCAGUGCACCAUAGCGAUUCUGCCCAAGCCAGCAGUGCCAAACCCACAGCCCGUCAUUUUCCACUCCACCGUAACUGCCCAGGUGCUCCCUCACAAUGGUCACCCUCCAGCUUUGAGCCCCCCCUCACCGGCCAAUGUAAAGCCCAUGCAGCUGGCAGCUGCCAAUCCUCAGGUCCAGCCAGGAGUGACCAAUGGUGGUGCCCCAGUUCAGGAUGGUGUGGGGCAACAGAACUGUGCACAGCCCAUGGCUGAGGUGCCGUGUCCUGCGUCCAAUCACCAGCUAGUGAUGUCUGUCCCAGCACUGGAGGAGCCCAAUGCAGAAUCAAGUCUGCUAGGCAGAAACACUGAAGGCGCGGGUGUCGCAGAGGGGAGAGUGAAUGCGAAACCAGGUGUGUGCUCACCUCCAGCCAUGACCUCGGGCAAUGGGAACAAUGCGCCCACUGUGACCGGCAGUACUCCUCAAAAUGGCGAGAGUAAACCACCCCAGGCUAUUGUGAAGCCCCAGAUCCUUACGCACGUCAUUGAAGGAUUCGUUAUCCAGGAGGGAGCAGAGCCAUUCCCAGUGGAUAGACCAUCACUGUUGAUCGAGAACCUAAAGAAACAGAAACAACAGCAACAGACACAUUCGGACUCUGAGAAAGCAGCUCAUGAAAAUUCAGUGAAUACGGCCGAUUCUGAAAUGGAGGAUCUUUCACAACAAGAGCUAAAAAAUCAGGAGGCCGAGCCAACACUUUCCUGUGAGCUGUGUGGCAAAGUAGACUUUGCUUACAACUUCAAGCGGUCAAAGAGGUUUUGCUCAACUGUUUGUGCUAAGAGGUAUAAUGUUGGGUGUACCAAGCGAAUGGGCCUGUUCCCUAAUCGCCACACUACAAUGGAGAAGCUAAAAAAGCAAAGAUCCUCCAGCACAACAUCAGACGCCAAGAAACUGGCCACCUCCAACAGCCAGGAUCACAUGGCCGGCGCUCGCUCGUCCCCACACCUGGGCCGGGGCAGCCAAGGGGAGUCCAGCCAGUGCUCGGACAUGUCCAGUUACGAGGAGCCCCCCUCGCCUCUAUCUGCCACCAGCUCAGGGGCGCAGAGGCCUCCCGCUAAUGACCGGGGCUCGGUGGAGCACGGGGAGAGGCACGAGCACGAGCUACCCCUGCUCAACCAGCCCUUCCUGCCCAGUGACCCUGCCAAGUGGAAUGUGGAGGACGUUUACGAGUUCAUCUGCUCUUUGCCAGGUUGCCAGGAGAUAGCCGACGAGUUCCGCUCGCAGGAGAUCGACGGCCAGGCCUUGCUGCUGCUGAAGGAGGACCACCUCAUGAGCACCAUGAACAUAAAGCUGGGGCCCGCACUGAAAAUCUUUGCCCGCAUCAGCAUGCUCAAAGACUCCUAGCGCCUCUCGCUUCCCCUCUACACCUUUGAUUGUUCUCUCCUUGGAACACCUCAGAUGACACAAAUGCUCAGAAAGAGACUGGAAGAAGAAUUCAAAGCUUCUGCACUGAUCACCUGUCCAAACAUCUCUCCUUAAGGGCUCUUGUGUGGUGAAGACUACAACAUGAAGCCACAGAUUAAAUACAUCGAUACUGUUUCGCAGGUCGGCAUUGAACUGUUGUCCUCAAGGGAUUAGACCUGAAGUGAUUUUGAACUUAAGUCAGUUGGUGGGAAAUGGAGGUCAUUGAUGUUGGAGGACUCUGGGCAGCACAAGUGGUUUAGCCCUUUGCAUUGAUGACUUUGGUUGGGACAACAGGGUGGGCCAAGGCAGUUUUGCGUAGAAACACAUCUGAAAUGUGAAUGGGUGUUAUUUCAGUUUAACUGGAACUGUGAACCUGACCUCAGUGGCAAACACAAGGAAUUUUUUUUUUUAAAUGACCUACAUGUGUUUUCCUGUUCAGUAUACCGGAUAUGCUGUUUGAGUGGUUUUGCUUUGCAACCACCCCAAAAGGGUCCCUUUUAAAUCAACCAGUAGUAUCAGUUUGCAAUUAUGUUUGUAUAAAUGAAGGGACCCAUUCAAAGAGAAUCCCAACAUUGAUUGCUUAUCCCAUUUGUAAUGCUAGUUCAAGAGUUUGUAAUUGGCUUUGUUCAUCAUAACCAGUGAUGCAAACUGUUGUAAAGUGAAGUGGUUGUGGCAAAUGUUUUUAAAAGGAGAAUAACUCUUUUUCAUGAUGUGCCUAAUAUUUAUCUGAAUGCAUCCCAAAGAUUCUCUAUUCUCUAUCUCAACCCUAAGAUCACAUUCACCAGCCGAUUCCAUAGACUCCACACAGGUUUAUGGGUCAAUCAGUCUGCAGGGAUAAUAAAGGUAUAUUAAAGGUCUCUCACCUCAUGAUCACAAUCGUUCAGUGUAGAGGGCUGGACUUGUGACCAGUAGAUGUACAUAGUGCUGUUUGUUGUUCCUUGUUGCCGGGAUACACAGUGAAACUCACAGACUGGAGUGCAUUACCAGGUUAGCUUUCCAAAAGCAGUUUCAUCAGUGUUUUUUGUUUCAGUAGUCCAAUGAGUCGGUGUGUUAUGUUGGCAUUGAUAGUUCAGUUGUAUGUACUUGUGUUUGAUGUUGAUCAAGACUCACGCAUACAAAUAGUUUGCCUGCAGCACCAAAAAAAUGUCAUCAAUUGCAGUUCUCUGACAAGUCUCAUUUUGUAUAUGAGAAAUAAACAGUUUACAUAAAAA